GACAUUGUGGCCAUUUGCCGCGCACGCAACAUCACGACCAUCGUCGACGGCGCCCACGCGAUCGGCCAAGUGCCCAUUGACCUCGCGACGCUGCAGCCCGAUUUUUACAUCUCCAAUUUGCACAAGUGGAUGCUGUCGCCCAAGUCAGCGGCCUUCCUCUACAUCCGUGACGUCGCGCGACAAGGGACCGUCCGCGUCCAGCCGUCCAUCGUGAGCCACGGGUACGGUGGCGGGUACGGCGCCGAGUUCGGCUUCCUCGGCACCCUCGACUACUCGGCGUGGCUCGCGGUGCCCGCGUCGCUGGCCUUCCACGCGGCAAUGGGCGGGAAAGCGCUCAUGGCGCGCAACCACGAGCUCUGCGUGCGCGCCGCCAAAACCGUCGCCGCCGCGUGGGAGACCUCGUUGCUUGUCGACGACCCGCAGCUUGUCGGGUCGUUUUGUGUUGUGUUGCUGCCGCCUCGCCUCUUUCCGUUUCCGCUGACUCCGGCCAACACGACGCUCCUAACUCAAGCGCUUGUGACGCUGCACUUGCUCCUCCGACGGGACUAUGCGAUCGAAGCCAUGUGCAUUCUGUGCGACCCGACGACCCCCGGCGUGCGCAUUGCGGCGCAAAUGUACAAUGAAGCGUCCGACUACGACAAGCUCUCGGCGGCGGUCCUCGACCUCAUUGCCCGUAGCGACGUGACGUACUAGGAUCCACAUCUCUCUACGGCGUACAGAGGUGAGUGCGAACGAAGACGAUCACGAGACAAUCGAUCGACCGAUGGGAUGGCGCUCGGCCCACGAUUGAACGUUCAGAAAAUACAUUGCGUAAACUAUGCCUUGAAGAC